UACAGAUGUCACAGCUGCAUGGCCGAGCCACUCUUCUGUACUCAUUGCUGUCGGAUGACACACAGCCAUAUGCCAUUCCAUCGGAUCAGUCAAUGGACUGGGGGAUUCUUUGAGGAUACUUCCUUGGCCAAGAUUGGCCUGGAAAUACACCUCAGUCAUGCCGGCCAGCCCUGCCCU